AUGAAGAAGAAAAAGGAAGAGAAAGGAAAAAGCUUGAACUCAUGGCCGGGGGGAAUUUUUUUGUCAAAUGAACUUUUCUUCCUUUUUAUCCCAAUCCUUUACAUUGUUUUAUUUGAUUCUAUCAUUAGGGGAGGUGUGGCCUGGCCUUGUGUAUUUCCUGAUUUAACAAAAUCAGAAGUCCGUUCAUGGUGGGCUAAUCUUGUCAAGGAUUUUGUUGUUGAUGGUGUUGAUGGUAUAUGGAAUGAUAUGGAUGAACCGGUUGUUUUCAAGACAAUGCCUGAGAGCAAUAUUCGUAGGGAAGAUCUAGAACUUGGAGGCUGUCAGAACCAUUCAUAA